UCCAUCUAUGAGUCCCUUAGACGCGUCCCGGUCGAACAACCACAACGCAACGGCCGCAGGUGCGAACGACCACUCCUCCAAUUAUGCUUCGCAUGCCUCCCCGACCGACGACGACAUCGGUUUCGCCUUUGUCGCUCUUUGGGUAUCAAUUGUACUCGUUACCGUUCAGCUUUUUCAACGCUCAACCCACAACGACCGUAACCAGCAGCAACACAACCGACACGUCCAACACGACAACCACUGAGAAUCCUGCCGUAAGCUCCAGCACAACCGAAACGACCAGCACGAUAAGCACCACGUCGUCCACCAGCACGGUAGCACCGGGAGCGAACGCAACCACCACCACCGCCGCCGCCGCGGUGGAGUACGAAGAGGAGCCCCAAGAACAGCCAAACCCGCCCGAAUAUGACUACCCGGAGGAGCAGCACAAUGCAACUACACCGGUGGUAACGACGGUGGCACCCGUCACGGAGUCACACAACAGUGUGUCCUCUACUGCCGGUCCGCACAUGGUGCGGAAGCGCCGUAAAAAGGUCACCACGACCACACCCGGCCCUAGCCCGGGAAUGAUACGGAUUCGGGUGCGCAGAAAGCGCACCACCGUUGCGCCAGCAGUCGACGCGCUUACGGAGAGCUCGAGCUGAGCCGAUGCGUCCGGGAAAUGUGGAAAAGGGGAAGCACACAUGUAUGUAACCGAAACUGCACAACGAUAAUAAAUUUAACCAUGCAAACGGAGUCA